AUGAUAGUAUUUUGUGCUAAUUCAUUACCUUAAGUAAUUGCAAAUUAAGGUCUUCGAUAAUUUUAGGUAAUAUUACAAACUUUGAAACCUUAAAUUAUAUUAAAUUAAUGUGGGGGUGAUAUUGAAGCAAGAUCUUAAUAUUUAAUAAAGCAUUUAAGUAAAUUUAAUGAACCAAUUCAUUUAAUUGGUUAUGGGAUAGCUGGAUUAGAUUUAAGAUAUGCAUUAAGUUAAAAUAAUAAUAUUAGAGCAAAAUCUUUGAUUACAAUAGGUACACCUCAUAGGGGAUCAAUAUUAAGUGAUUUGUAUAGAAGAAAAAGAAUUGAAGAUGAUGUAAUAGAGCCAAUUUGCAGAGUAUUAGGUGUUAAAAAAAAUUACUUUGAAGAAAUUAAUACUGAAAAUAUAAGAGAUUUUAAUUUGGUGACCACAAAUAAAGAAAAUAUAAAGGUAAAUAAAAUUAGAAUACAAAGUAUUUUAGUUUGAAUGCAGAGACUGAAAUUGGUUAAAUGUCAUAAAUAUAUUAAGCAAGUGGUACUAUUAUCGAAAGUGAAAAAGAAUAUCCAGUAGAAAGUGGAUCUGAUGGAGUAUUUGCUCAUAAUGAAACUAAAUGGGGACAACAUGUUGCUACAUUAGAUUGUGAUCAUGGAGCUAUGAUUGGAGUACCUAAUCCAAGAAAUGGUGAAUAAACUGUGGAUAUAAUUUAAUAAUUGAUCUAAGAUUUAUGAUCAAAUAAAACAUAUAUUAUACCG